UUUUGGUUAAACUGAAUGGCGUGUUAAGAGCUUUUUCGUUACAUUGUUAUUGAUAUCUAUCUCUGAAACGCAAUGUAGGUGAUGGCAGACCUUGGACUGAAGGAGUGGGACAGAGUGCUGCUGAUAUGGACUCAGCCAUCAUCUCCCACUGCACUGAAGGAGUUUGCUGAAAGCAUUGGCGCUGCUGUUGGUAACCAGAGUCUGGUAUCUUUGGAGAACAUGGAGAGACUACAACUUUCUUCUCACGCAGCUUCAAGUUAUGACUGGGUUCUCUCAGGCCUGCUGACCGACAGCUCGCCAAUCCACAGUUCAGAAAUGUUGGCUGAGAUGGCCAGAGUAAUGAAACCUGGUGGCAAACUUGUGCUAGAAGAGCCGGUAACAGGUUCUGGGGACAAUGGUGUGAGAACCGCUGGGAAACUGAUGUCAGUUCUUAAACUGUCUGGAUUAGUAUCUGUCACUGAGGUCA